UGUGUCAUUCAGCAGACAGAAAGGACCACCGAAAGGCUAGUUGUGUAACUGAAUGAGCGCAUUGUGUAAACAAUGCCUGAUAUGUUCAUUAAGAAAUUCUUCAGUGGAUUGGGGCUUUUGCAUAACGACAUUCCUGCCUUUUUCUCACGAAUAUGCUAAGCUUUUCUUCUGAACACACUCGCAGGUUAGGGCUGUGAUUUCUGGCUUUUAUUUCAAAGUAUUAUAAUACAAAAAAACCAACAGACAAACAGAAAACUUCGAUAUGGUUCCUCCUUCUCCUCUGCCGGAGGGAUUCUCUGAGCUCGAUGUUUUUGCACUGGGAUCAUGUCUGCUUGUGGAGGGUCUCCUUGGAUUUUUCAUGAAUGCUGUCACCGUUAUUGCUUUCCUUAAAAUACGAGAUUUGCGGACUCCCAGUAACUUCCUUGUAUUCAGUUUGGCUUUAGCAGAUAUGGGCAUUUCUACAAACGCCACUAUUGCUGCCUUCUCAAGCUUUCUGAGAUACUGGCCCUAUGGAUCUGAAGGAUGCCAGACCCAUGGCUUUCAUGGAUUCCUAACAGCCCUCUCUAGCAUCCAUUUCAUUGCAGCCAUUGCUUGGGACAGAUACCACCAAUACUGUACCAGAACAAAGUUGCAGUGGAGCUGUGCCAUCACCAUAGCCAUCUUCAUCUGGCUCUUUACUGCCUUCUGGGCAGCUAUGCCAUUGAUUGGUUGGGGAGAGUAUGACUAUGAGCCCCUGAGGACCUGCUGUACUCUGGACUUAAGCAAAGGAGAUAGGAACUAUGUCACUUAUCUGAUUCCAAUGGCCAUUUGUAACAUGGGAAUUCAAGUGCUUGUUGUGUUCUUCUCAUACAAAUCCAUUGACAAGAAGUUCAAGAAGAUGGGCCAACACAGGUUCAAUUGUAGCACUCCUAUAAAGACCCUGCUGUUCUGCUGGAGCCCUUACGGAAUCCUAGCCUUCUAUGCUGCCGUGGAAAAUGUGAAUGUUUUGUCUCCUAAACUGAGAAUGAUUGCUCCUAUUGUGGCUAAGACCUCUCCAACUUUCAAUGUCUUUGUUUACGCACUUGGAAAUGAGAAUUACAGAGGAGGAAUCUGGCAACUGCUCACAGGACAAAAGAUUGAACCUCCUGCUACUGAGACUAAGUUUAAGUAAACCAAGCAUGUCAAUGUAACAGUAUUUACAUAAUAAGACAUAAUUUAUUUCCUACAAAAAAACAAUAUGCUCAAACACCAGAUUGCAAAUCUUUCUUGCCAUGACAUGAUGUGCAUGUUAAGCCUGAAAAAGAGUUUUAUAAUUGUAUACAUUUUAAUUAUAAGGCAUUUUCCCAGUGUUAUGAAUUACCAGACAGGAAGUGAUUAUGCACAAGAUAUACUGCAAUUAGAUAUGUUUUUCAUGCUGCACAUCUCACUCCCUCUUACUUUGGUUCACACAGUCCAUAUCUUUAAUUAUUCAUAUAUGUGACAGUGACUUUAUGGCCAAAGGUAUCUGGACACCUGACCAUCACACCCAUAUGUGGGUCUUUCCUAAACUGUUGCUGCAAAGUUGGAAGCACACAAUUGUCUAGAAUGUUUUUGUAUGAUGUAGUAUUUUGUAGUACUAUUUCCCUUCACUGGAACUAAGGGGCCUAAACCUAUUCCAGGAUGACAAUGCCCCUGUGCACAAUGCGAGGUCCAUUAGGUUUGCCAAGGUUGGUGUGGAAGAACUUGAGUUUCCUGCAUAGAGCCCUGACCUCAACUUCACUGUACAUCUUUGGGAUGAACUGGAAUGCAGACUACACACCAGCCCUCUUCGCCUGACAUCAGUGCCUGACCUCACUAAGGCUAUUGUGGCUGAAUGGGCAAAAAUCCCCACAGCCAAGUACCAAAAUCUAGUGGAAAGCCUUCCCAGAAGAAUGGACGUUAUUAUAACAGCAAAGAGGGGACUAUCUCCAUAUUAAUGCCCAGGGUUUUGGAAUGGGAUGUUCAUCAACUAUAUAUGGGUGUGAUGUUGAGGUGUCCGCACACUUUUGGCCAAAUAGUGUAUGUGGAAAAAAAAAAUCCUACCUCCUUAUCUAAACAGAUUUAAUUGGAAAUGGAAAACAUUACAGUGCUGUAAUCAAGUUCAAGGAGUAGAAGCAUAAAGGUUCUAAAUAUACCUUUUUUUAGCAUUGUCAUUGUUACCACUCCAUCUCUUAAUGAAAGAGUUCUCUUUCAUUAAGAGAUUUAGAUGAUAAAAUCAUGAUAAUUUUAUGUUAUGUGAUGAGAUACUUGCUGCAUUUUAGCCAAAACAAGUUAAAGAUCACAUUUAGGCAAUGUUAGAGAUAAAAUAUAAAUACAUGCAUACUAUUUUAACUAUUGAAAUAAACUACUAUAAUCCAGACAAAAAGCAAAACCAUUAAAAACCAAAACUUUGACAAACAUUCAUCAUUGUGUACACACUGAUUCAUGCAGGACUUUGUCCAAAAGCAAAAGGCACUGUUGAUCUGCUGGCCUGGAUCAACCACACUUCACACACACACAUAUUUGCUCUUGGGUAGCAAACAUAAGCGUUAGGAAAGAACAAAUUAUAAUAGCACAUCAGCUCAGCAAGGUUGUUAGUGAUCUUUUAUUAAUGUGUUAGUGAUUCAUUCCUGGGGUAAAUUGUGGCAAUUUACAUUGUAUUGUCAUGAUUUUCUGUGAAUUUUUAAUACUGUGAAUGUGGGCUGAUACUGUUCUCUAUUAUUUUUUUGUAUUAUGAUCAUUUGUACUGUAGUUACUCACAUGCACUUUGGUGUGAUUUAAGGAAUCAAACAGUAUUAAUUAAUGUUAGAUAUUUGUGUACUUAUACUGUAAUUUUACAAAACAGAAAGACAUCAAACAUAUGAAUCAGAGAGAGAGGGAGGGAGAGAGAGACAGAGACAGCGAGACUGAAAGCAGGAGUUUAAAAAAAAACAUUUGUUCAUAAUAUUUUGCUGCCUGUGAUAUUCUAGUGUGUUACAUACAGUAUGUUGUUAUGACUUGUCAGCGUCUUCUGUAUUGAUUCUUGAGAAGUAUGUUGUUAAUGCCUUAUCAGUAUCAUCUGUAUCAUUACCAAGAGAUGCAUUUUUGAAUGUUAUUUAAGAAUCAGAUCACUCCAACUACCAUUUUCCUCUUUCUUUUGAUUUAAUAGUCUUAUAGCUAUAUAUUAAGUGCAGUUGUUGUGUUCAGAGCACCUAGUGUUUGAUCCAGUGGUUAUCAUUGUAUUGUGGACAUUCUUUUAACUGACAUGUUAGUCAGAAUCUGAAAGUGUAAUGCUCUGUUUUACAAUUCAGAUAGAUUUUACAAUAAAAUAAAUUUGUUAAAGCUUGUUUGUCCCAAUACCCAAUAUCUUUGUACGGCGCUUAACAAAUCCAAGAUAAGAUGUGUGGUAUUAAAAUUCGUGAUCAUUCCAUGUUCUUCGAACACACCUAAGAAC